AUGGCCGGUGCAUUACCUGAGUUUGGUGCCGACGACGAUGCUUCACUCAAUCAGCAAAACGUCCCACGGUCACUAUCUGGCGCAUCGACAUCUGCGGUAGCAUAUCAGCUGGGCCAGAAUCUACAGAUGUCUUCGCAUCCUUCGUACGGGCCCGGUUUCGCUGUAGGUAUGCACCAGCAGCCGUUCAUGCCUCAACAUGGCUCGCAAUACGGUGCUUAUCCCUCUUUCGCACCGAACCAGCCCCGCCUAGCUGGAGCAACACCAAUGCAAGCACCAUACCAGAACUACCAACAGGCGUCACAGUACAUGUACUACCCGACACCUUACGCACCUCAGGGACAGUACAACCAUGGAUACGCCGUACAAGCUUCACACGGCCAGCCGAUGUAUGGAAGAAGAGCGAGCUUGACGAACACUGGUAUGCAAAGACAGAUUGCUGAUUACUCGCACAUGGACGGAAACUUCCCAGGCGCCCGCAUGGCUCAUGGAAACUUCUCAGGGGAUCCAGCACCUUACAAUGCGCAAUUCGCACCGACUCCUGGUAUGCCUCGUCCAGGCCCUGUCAGUUCAAUCCCCCGUGGGCCACCGCGCAAGCCCAAGCAGUCCGGACAUGCACUCUGGGUUGGAAACCUUCCUCCUGGUACUACCGUUGUUGCUCUGAAAGACCACUUCUCCCGCGAUGCCACAAAAGAAAUCGAGAGCUUGUUUCUCAUCUCAAAGAGCAACUGUGCUUUUGUCAACUAUCGCACUGAGGCGUCAUGCACAGCUGCAAUGCAUAGAUUCCACGACUCGCGCUUCAAUGGCGUGCGCCUGGUCUGCCGUCUCCGACGCAGCUCUGCACCGGCAUCUGGUGUACCCACGGCGCCUUCAGCUAUGAUAGGCCAGCAGAAGAAUGCUUCUCGGCCAGCGACACCAACGCAAGACGGCGCUGCUGACGAUCUUUCUGGAGGCGCCGUAGAGUCCCCGUCACACAAGAGCACGGAAGAACCUAAAACAUCUGGUGACCCUGCUAGCAAGUACUUUAUUGUCAAAAGUCUCACCCUGCAGGACUUGGAGCUCAGUGUUCGAAACGGCAUAUGGGCUACACAGUCCCACAACGAAGAUGUUCUCAACAAGGCAUUCCGAUCUGCAGAGAAUGUCUAUCUCAUCUUCUCCGCGAAUAAGUCGGGCGAAUACUUCGGCUACGCCCGCAUGGCGUCACCGAUUCUUGAAGAUGGUGCCCUCAUCAUAAGCUCGGUGCCAAAGCCCGAAACCAAUAUUGACGCGCCUGACGUGCCCAAAUCCAUCGCAACGCCCGCGACAGAAUGGGCACCCCGAGGAAGGAUUAUUGACGACUCCGCGCGUGGCACCAUCUUUUGGGAGGCAGAACUCUCCGACGCCGAAGAAGGAGACGAAGAAGAGGCUGUCACAAAAACAGACAAAGACGAAGCUUCCCAGCAGGUCGAUGGGGAGUCCCCAGCCGUCGCGCAAAGCUGGGGCAAGCCAUUCAAGAUUGAGUGGGUCUCAACGAACCGCCUGCCCUUCUACCGCACAAGGGGCCUUCGCAAUCCGUGGAACGCCAACCGCGAAGUCAAGAUUGCUAGGGAUGGCACUGAGCUUGAACCUAGCGUUGGAGAGCGUUUGGUGCAGAUGUUCCACCGAGGCCCUUCUGCCGCCACUGUUGCUGCACCAGUAAUGCCCGGUGGGCCGGUCGGCAUGAUCCCUCAGAUGCGAUCUUUCUAG